AUGAUUUUAAGAAAUCAAACCGUUGUUAAAGAGAGCGAGGAGUGCAUUUCAAAUUGGGUUAACAUGUUAGAUCCUAGUGCUGUUCUGAAAAGCAGACAAAAAACAAAAUUUUUCACAGGGCCUUUUCCCGAACAGUUUGAAACGUUGACGUUUCUUAGCCCUGCCAAGUAUCAUUUAAAGCACUGGGACUCGAAAGGGAGAGAACGCAAAAAAACCCAAUCAGCGAAAUACAGAAAAGAUGGGACCUACUCGACGAUUUAUGCUGAAAGAAGAAAUGUAUAUAGCUCUACUCAGGCUCAGGAGAGGAUUUUCACUAACGACAAUUGCACAUUUGUUUGA